AGCAGUUCUCUGUGUACCUGCGCUCGCAGACAGAGGCGGUGCGCGUUACCCAAAUGGACCCAGUGGAUUUUACUUGAGGAACGACUGAAACAGGACAUUUUAAACAAUUAGCAAUGUCUCUAUAUUGCAUUGCAUUGAUUUGCGGAUCGUUCCUUUCCCCGUUUUUAAAGAGGUAACAGUUAAGGUGCAUGCAUGCCAAAAUGGAUUGCCUUUUCCUUUUGCUUUGGAGUUUACAAGUCCCUUUGGUUAACAGCACAUCAGUGAGAUUACUGGCGAGUGUGUCUUUUGGGAACUUUAUUAAGGCUCUGCAGUUCUGUUGCUUCCACUCUGUGACAUCGCUCUCAUUUACCGGCGACACCGGCGGCCUCUAUCAAGAUUACGAUUUUGCCACUCCAGUGCAAGUGGACUCACUUGGAGGCUACAUUUCCCAUGAUGUGACAAGACAUGAACGAACCAGGAGGUCCCUGUCAGAAGCUGCUGGUUCAGUGCAUUAUCAUGUCUCUGCAUUUGGCAAGGAAUUGCAUUUAGACUUGCAGCCAUCCCAUGUGCUGGCAGAGGGGUUUACCAUACAGACACUGGGUGCAGAGGGCAUCAACACAGCGACCCUUGACCCUUCUAUUCAUAACUGCCUCUAUCAGGGUUCUAUACGAAACCAUUCUGAAUCCUCUGUGGCUAUAUCCACCUGCACAGGUCUGUCAGGUCUGAUCAGGUUCUCUGGCGAGGAACUUCUUAUCACUCCGCUCCCGCAGCAUUUGGCUUUACAACACAACUACAGCGCCCCCUCUGGACAUCACCCACAUGUUAUCUACAAGAGAUCAGCUGAGCACAGAGUCCAUGCUGAGAAGACUGACUGGACCAGUGGCUUUAAAUCAAAAAACUCCUAUGAGGACCACCACCAUCACCGUCACCAUGAUUACCAGCACGGAAAGCUCCAGAGACAACAUUUCUGCGGACGCCGCAAGCAAUAUACUCCCAAGCCUCCGAAAGAGGAUAAUUUUUUCAUGCCUGAUGAGUUUGAGCAGCAAAGCCGGGUGAAACGCUCUGAGAUUACAUCGAGCAAAGAGGGUGGCCUGAACGUGGAAACUCUGGUGGUGGCAGACAGGAAGAUGCUAGAUAAACAUGGAAGAGACAACGUCACUACUUAUGUUCUUACUGUCAUGAACAUGGUCUCCAGUCUUUUCAAAGAUGGAACAAUUGGAAAUGACAUCAACAUUGUUGUGGUCAGUCUCCUCCUACUUGAGAAAGAUCCGCUGGGCCUGUCUAUCAACCACCACGCAGACCAAUCCCUCAACAGCUUCUGCCAGUGGCAAUCAGGCCUGAUAGGUAAAAAUGGCAAGCGGCACGACCAUGCAAUACUGUUGACCGGGCUGGACAUCUGCUCAUGGAAGAAUGAACCGUGUGACACCUUGGGUUUUGCUCCAAUAAGUGGGAUGUGUAGCAAAUAUCGUAGCUGCACGAUUAAUGAAGACACAGGACUGGGCCUCGCCUUCACCAUCGCCCACGAGUCAGGACAUAAUUUUGGAAUGAUCCACGACGGAGAGGGGAAUCCCUGCCGGAAGACUGAAGGGAACAUAAUGUCUCCCACAUUGGCAGGGAAUAAUGGUGUUUUCUCAUGGUCUGCCUGUAGUCGGCAAUACCUAAACCGAUUUUUAGGUACAGCUCAGGCUUCAUGUCUAGUGGAUGAGCCCAAGCAGAUAAGCCAAUACAAAUACCCUGAGCAGCUUCCUGGUCAGCUGUACAAUGCAGAUAUACAGUGCAAAUGGCAGUUUGGCAUGAAGGCCAAACAGUGCAGCCUGGACUUUGUAAAGGACAUCUGUAAAUCAUUAUGGUGCCACAGAACAGGACACCGGUGUGAGACCAAGUUCAUGCCUGCUGCCGAGGGUACCAUCUGCGGACCAGACAUGUGGUGCCGGAGAGGACAGUGUGUGAAAUUUAGUGAUCACGGCCCCAGAGCAGUACAUGGCCAGUGGUCGGGCUGGUCCGAGUGGUCCGACUGUUCACGUACAUGUGGUGGAGGUGUCAUGUACCGAGAGAGAUCCUGCAACAGCCCCAGCCCACAGCACAACGGCAAGUUCUGCCAAGGCCCCAGUCGACUGCACCAGCUGUGUAACACCAAUCCAUGCCAGCCCAAUGGAGUGGACUUCAGAGCUCAGCAGUGCGCCGAGUACAACAGUAAACCCUUCAGGGGAUGGUACUACAAAUGGAAGCCAUACACCAAAGUGGAAGAAGAGGACAUCUGCAAACUGUACUGCAUUGCUGAGGACUUUGAUUUUUUCUUCGCUAUGUCCAGCAAAGUCAAAGAUGGGACGUCUUGCUCUGAUUACAAAGGCGGCGUGUGCAUCGAUGGGAUAUGUGAGCCGGUAGGCUGUGACCAGGUGUUGGGAUCAAAUGCCGCUCUAGAUGCCUGUGGGGUGUGUAAAGGUGACAACUCCACCUGCAAGUUCUACAGUGGCCAGUACAUCCUUCAGCACAGGGCCAAUGAGUAUUACCCCAUUGUGAUGGUUCCUGCUGGAGCGAGGAGCAUCAGGGUGCAGGAGAUGGAGAUCUCUACCAGCUACCUGGCCGUCCGCAGCCUGAAGCGUGGCACGUACUACCUGACGGGGGAUUGGACGGUGGACUGGCCGGGCAGAUUUCAGUUCGCCGGCACUACGUUCAACUAUCAGCGCUCUUUCAACCGGCCUGAGACCUUGUACGCCACAGGCCCCACUAAUGAGACCCUGCUCUUUGAAAUUCUUCUUCAGGGUAAAAAUCCUGGUGUAUCAUGGGAGUAUACUUUACCCCAUCCAGAGAAGAAGCACAACUACACCUGGUCUGUGGUGCGCUCUGACUGCUCAGCGCCUUGUGCCGGCGGUCGGGUCUCGACGAAAGCCCUUUGUCUGCAGGAUCAAAACACGCAGGUCAACUCUUCGCUCUGCAACCCUCAGACCAGACCUGUGGUUGGUUCUCACCUGUGUAACACACAGCCCUGCCCUGCCUAUUGGACGACAGGCAAAUGGGGAGUGUGCAGUACAACAUGUGGAGGCGGGCAGCAAACACGAAACAUCCGUUGCAUGAGGAAGGUGACAUACCAGCGUGAGGAGGUGACGGCUCACUCCUUAUGUCCAGUAAUGGCUCCGGCUCAACUACAGCCCUGCAACACACAGGCAUGUCCUCCAGAGUGGAGCACUGGUUCCUGGUCACAGUGCUCUAAGACCUGUGGGCGAGGGUUGAAGAAGCGCAGUGUUUUCUGCAGGAGCACUGAUCCAGGUGCCAGGGCUGUGGUGGUGCCUGACAGCAUGUGUAAAUUACACCUGAAGCCCAAAGCCCAAGAGACCUGUGUGCUGAGCCGCUGCCCCAAGAAUGAGCGUCUGCAGUGGAUAACUACCGCCUGGGGAGAGUGUUCGGCAUCCUGUGGAGCAGGAGUAAGGAGAAGAGAGCUGCAUUGUGGAGAGAAAGACUCCCAAGGAGGCUAUACUGAGUACCCUUCAAGGAGGUGCAGGAACCUACAUAAGCCCCAAACAGACCUCAAGCAAGCUUGUAAUAACGGCCCCUGCCCAGAGCCCCCGCCACCCCAGCUCCUUCAACCUAGCCCAGACUGGGGCGGCACUUCUGUGACUCUGGGCUGGUAUUCCUCUCCUUGGCUGCAGUGCACAGUGUCCUGUGGUGGUGGGGUGCAGACACGGAGCGUUCAGUGUCUGAGACAUGGGCGUCCGUCAGUGGGCUGUUUACCCCAUCUGAGACCCGUAAGCUCACGGGCCUGCAAUACAUACUUCUGUCCUGGUCCUGUCCCACCUCUCUCACCCACACAUAAAGAAGGCCAGCCUUGCAUCGACUUCUUCAGCUGGUGUCAUCUGGUGCCUCAGCACGGUGUUUGUAAUCACAAAUUCUACGGUCAACAAUGCUGCAAGUCCUGCUCUGCCAAAAGACAGUGAAUCAGAAGAUCUUCACAUCCCACAAGCCUCCUCACUGACUCUUUGAGAUCUAUAAAUCAUUGUGAUAAAGAUGACCACUAUGGACAAAGUUAUUAUUUGCGAGAUGUGGCAGAGAAAGAGGCAUUCCAGUGGACCUUCUCUUGGACUGAUGAGAGAUAAUGAGAGCUUGGUGUCCGAGGAACUCGAGAAACUCUGUGCAUUGAUGGUGUAUCAAAACUAGAAUUGUGACUCUUCAAUAACCAAUCUGCGGAACAUUUAUUUUGUAAAUAUAUAUGUCUUUUCUCUCAUGAUUGAAGAUGUGACAAUUGGUCAAAGCCAUUAAGAGACUUCCAUCAUCAGUUGAUUUAUAUGCUACAUUGAAUAGCACCAAAUGAGCACUGGAGUGGUUAAUGUGCACACCUGAAGUACCCUAUUAUUUGUGUUUGCUCUUUGAGCUCCAGUCAAACCCAUAACCAGAAGAUCUGGUCAGAAGUGAGACUACAUCUCUACAGUGUUUUUGUGUUCCACUGCACUGCUUUUUAAUAGUUUUUCUAUGUAUGCACGUACUCGAUGAACAUCUUUGAUCGUUUUUCCGCGUCUCGUUUUUUUCCCGUCUCACACAUUAGCGCUUCAUUUUUAGAGAAAUUCAACAUUUUACGCACAGCAGAACUUAUCAAUGUCAAUUUCAAAAUAGUGGACCAAUCAGAAAAAUCCUGGGGUUGGGCUAGCAUCGAGUUUGUAUAGAGUUAAAAUCAUUUGUCGGAGGAAGAGUUUAGCUAUAGCCAGGGUGAUUACAUUAUUAUUAUUUUCAUUUAAAAAAUAGUAACUUUUGAUUCUGCUUUUCAGAUAUUUUUGUUCAGAAUAUUUCAUAAAAACCUGUUUUGAGAUGUUCUGCUGUGACAUUUUUUUUUCUUUUUUUUUUUAGUCUUCGUCGCGCUGCAUCUCACAUUGUUCUCACGUCUGCAUCUAACGACUCCUUAGCCUGUAUUUAUUUUGCCUAAAGGUGCGGUCACAAUUUUCUGCUAAGUUUUGCAGCAAAAAUCCAUUGUCAUACUUAAAACAAGCAGCAUUCUUUUGGUAAACGCAUUGAAUCCAUGAUGUGACCUAUUGCGAAAUCUGCAUGGGAAAAUAGUUUGCCCUCAUGCCAAAUUUCCGAUCGCAUAAAUUCCUAUUGAAACUUCAUGAUUUUGCCUGUCAAAAUUUUCCGAACAAUGGUAAAUGUGACCACACCCUAAUACUGCCUGCUUGACCGCCUAUCAAUCAAUCUGUUAAAUUAGUGUUUUUGGUGCUAUACGAAGUGAAGUGCACAUUCUCAUUCCAUUGUUAGUUUUGUUUGUGAUUCAGUGAAUUCAACUUACCGUACGUGACAAUCUUAUGUUUACUUCAGUAUGAAACCCCUCUACUCUUGUAUGUUUACAAAGUAACUUAAACUUUUACAUUGGUUAAAAUCAUGUAGUCUAGAGAGCAUCUACAGGCUUCUGAUUUUAACAAAUAUUAACAUGCUUAAAUCUCCUCUGUGCAACUGGUCUGACCUGUAAGGUUGAGUCACAAUCCCGUCUGAUCGCCACAGAAGACUAAAUCAGACAAGAUAGAUUGAUCAUGUAUUAUGUAGUGGGUUCAUUGGCGGAUGAACUAUGUGUAUGAGUACCAGUAUGUGUGUGUGUAUAAUUUGUGUGCAGUUCAUGCAGUGCUGUCUCCCACAAGGCGGACGAGAGGACUGAGCUCGUCCCAGAUGAGUGUCAGAGAGAGUAAAGAAGGUUACUCUCAGUCACUUUGGCGGGACCAAUUAGUGUGCAGGAGUGAGUGUCAUGUUCAGGAAGAGGAGGAGGAGCAGCUAACAAACCCAAGCCUCUCAGGACUUGGAACCUCAUCUCAGUUUACUUUAGUGCUCUUCAUCUCUUUCUGUGUGCUGUAGUUGUUGGGCUACUGUUUUGAGCUUGACAGAAGAGUGGAGUCUCAUCUUAGUGAUCCUUGAACAAGUUUCAGAAAUGACGGUCCUGCUCUAACAAUACAUAUUGGAGCGGAUGCCACAUGAGGCAUAGCACCAGCACUCAUUCUGUCCUCAUUUCAUUCCAAACACUUAAUCACCAACCCCCAAUCCCUGGAAAGGAUAUUUGCAUACACUAAUAAGUGCAAAAGGUCACUUUUAAAGUAGAUGUUGCACUGCAGGUUUCUAUGUCCUCUUUUUUUUUUUUUUUUUUGCUGCCCGAACCAUUUUAAAGGGUACUUUAAUUUAGUUGUGUAACUUCUGGAUAUCUAUAAAUUAUCUCUUGUUCUUUGACAUUACGUUUCGUUUCUUCCUUACUCGACUAUGUUUCUAAUCGCAAACAAAUGAAACAAAAAAUACAUGGUUUAGCCUUGUUUUGACAUUAUGUAUGUUGUACAAAUGAGGAGUCAUGUCUUUCUUCACUAUCUGAAUUGAAACAUUUUGUAAUUUAUUGAUAUGUCUAAAUAGUUCCUGGGCAGUGUUGUCUGGAGAUGAGCUGAUGGUAUAAUAGUAUCUGUGAUAUUUAAUACUUCCACUGAAAGUUUUAUAAUAAAAAGUCUCUGAUUUAC